GUCAGAUCUACUGGGCCAAGGACAUCAUAUUCCUGGUGAAUGAGCACGACCUGAUUGGCAUGCAGGCUUGGCUGGAGGGCUAUCAUCACACUAACAGCACAGGGAUGAGCUGGACGCCCCUGCACGGCAGAGGCGGCUCCAUCCAGGCCGCCCUCACGCUGGAGCUCAGCAGUGACGUCAUCACCAGCCUGGAUCUGGUGCUUGAGGGCCUCAAUGGUCAGCUGCCCAAUUUGGACCUGGCCAACCUCUUUUAUGCUUUCUGUCAGAAGAUCAAUGUGCUGUGCACCAUCCAGGGCAAGCUGCAGAGGAACGACUGGGACAGUGUGGCAGGAUACAGCCACGCAGUGCAGACCAUGCUGCUGAUGGUGCUGAAGCAGGCUAGCGGGAGGCCCUGGGGAGACCACGGCCUCUUUCUGCGCUACCACGUCGAGGCGGCGACCAUCCGGGGGAUCAACAGCUUCCGGCAGUACAAGACCGACGCCACCACUGUGGGCAGGCUCAUAGAGGGAAUGUACCGUAAGCUGAAUAAUCUCCUGGAACGUCUUCACCAGUCCUAUUUCUUUUACCUGCUGCCCUCCCUGUCGCACUUUGUGUCCAUCGGAUACUACAUGCCAGCUUUCGGCCUGCUGAUACUCAUCCCGUUACUCCGGAUAUCC